GAUGACUUUUCUUUUCCGACGAGAAUAUGAAUAAAAGAAACAAUGGCGCAUGAACUGAUUAGUUUAUUUUGCACAAAGACUGUUUCUGUCGAACACAUUUCUCAGCUCAAAAGAGGAGACCACAUCAAGUUUCAUCGCUUGUUGCAGACGGUUCCUGUUGAACACAUCUCCCAGCUCGAAAGAGGAGACCACAUCAAGUUCCAUCGCUUGUUAUAUACCCAUCAUGGAAUUGUUACCAAUGUUUGGGAGGACAUUAAAACAUUCGAAGUCAUUGGUAUGGGGAUUGACAUAAACCAAACCCAGGCGAUAGGAUUAAAAAGAAGUAUUGAGAAAAUAUCGAAAUGGAGGAAAAUUGUUCCCGUGAUUUACAAAUACGAGUAUCGAAAGCGCUUAGACCCUGAAGGUAUGAUAGAAAUGAUAGAAUACUUGCUGGAAAACAGGGAAAAGAUAGAUUACGACCUACUCUCCAGUAACUGUGAGCAUGUUGCGAGGUUCUGUGCUACGGGGAAGUAUAAAAGCCAACAAGCAGACAGAGCCAAACUAAUAUGGAAUCUGGUUGUGCUUCUUGCUCAUGUUUUAGCGGUUGUCGACGUGGUGUUAGAUAAAUACAAUCCUGCUUAAUUUUCCAGUGCAGAUUUCAAAGAAAAGAAUUAACUGUUAUCAAUUAAUGAAAGACUUGUUAAUUCAAUUUGUAUGUUUCAUACAUGUAAAAAAAAUAAGAAAAUGAAUGUAAUUUUACCACGGAAGUUUUGUAUUUGCUGACCUAGAAAUAGCAGCUCCACUCACUAUUAUAUGCAAAGUAAAGUUUCAAUUGAAAGUAUUCGUUUUGCUGAAAGAAUUUGGGCAAAUCUACUGAUUUACAUUGUAGCACAUCUGCUUGUUGAGGCUUUCAAGAUAUUUUUUUCCACAGUUUUACUUAAUAUAGAGCAUGAUUAAAGUACCCGUAUACAUGUUAAUCACUGUAAUUGUUGCAGUUAUUGUUUUUUUUUUUAUUUAUUAAAGAUACUUUGAGAAAACAAUCACACCAUCAUUGAUAGAAUCUUUGUUUGUAAUAGUGCAUAUUGUGUAAAAAUAACAGGGAAAAGGUUUCCUAAAAAGUUGCUGAAUAUCCUAUCCUAAGUGAACACUUUUUGUUGGAUAGUGAGUUUUCAAGCACUUUUACUUCUCUUUUUUUCUUGGUUAGAUUUUUUCGGGGAUAUGUUUUUUCUUCUGCUUGUUGUUUUUUCUAGUUAUUUCCUCACUUUAUACAUGUAUCAGAUAUAUUAAUAGAAACUUUCUUUUUUAAUGAUUUGUCCUGAAAAUGCUAAUAAUUCAGUCAUUUAUUUUUUUUUAUUUUCGUUGGAAGUUAAGCAUUUUAAUUGCAUUACAUUUGCAUUGUAUGGACAUCAUUCAAUAUGUUUCUUAACAUUAUUAUAUUAAGCAUCAUAAAGUGCCAAUGGCUAUGUUUGACAUAAUACAAGAAUACUAGUAUAUGUUUAUUUAAUAUUUUCAUUAUACUGCGUGUGUAUACAUGUAUGUAAUGCUUUGAGUGAAAUUAAGAUUGUUCUUUUAUU